UCGAAAUUCCAGACAUCGGUCACAAGUCACAACACUCUUCCCUAUAUAUUUAUUGCAAUAUCGUCUUGUAUCUGCUAUGUUCUUUUUACUGGUUGCUGCAAUACUUACUGUAUUCCUCGUGUUUCUUUACAAGAACGUUAAAGUAGAUUUCACAUUAAAAUAUUAUGAAUUAUUCGGCAAAAAGGUUGAUGAAUUGCGGGGUCAGGUUGUGUGGAUCACAGGGGCAUCCAGCGGUUUGGGAGAAUACUUGGCUUAUAGGCUAGCAAGUGCUGGCUGCAAGUUGGUUCUUUCGGCGAGAACAGAACACAAAUUGGAACAAGUCAAAGCAAAAUGCAUUGAAAUAUCUGGUAAAAAAGAAGAAGAUGUUGAGAAAGAUUUUCUUGUUUUACCUUUGGAUGUUACAAAAUAUGACACCAUGCAAGAGGCAGUUAAAACAGUCUUGGACCAUUUCUGCGAGAUUGAUAUUCUAGUGAACAACUGUGGCAGGAGUCAGCGAGGAAUGGUUGAAAACACGGAGAGGAAAGUUGAUCGAGAGUUGUUCGAGAUAAACGUGUUGGGUACAAUUUCGCUGACUAAAGCUGUUCUUCCGCACAUGAUUGGGAGAAAGACUGGUCGUAUUGUUGUUGUCUCCAGCAUUUCUGGGAAAGUCGGUACUCCAACAGCUGCUACCUACUCUGCAACAAAGUUUGCACUGCAGGGGUAUUUCUCUGCUUUGCGCUAUGAACUUCAUGGAAAAUGUAUCAAAGCUUUAUUAGUCUGCCCAGGACCAGUAAAGUCGGCUGUUGUUGAGAAUGCCGCAACAGAGACAUGGGGCAAGAGUGUAAAAGAUACGCCAUAUGAAUAUGAUACGACGCAUCGCAUGGAAACAGAUGAAUUUGCGAACUAUAUGGCAAUUGCGAUGGUGAAUGAACUGGAUGAAAGUUGGAUCUCUCCCCAACCUGAAUUGUUAGCGGCAUAUGUCUCUCAGUACAUGCCUUCCAUCGCGAAUUGGUUUUUUAAAAGAUAUGUUCUUCGACUGGUAAUCAGAAACCGGAACACUAAAGCCAAGAAAGAAGAUUAGAUAUUCAUUGACUGAUCAAUCAAUUUUUUCGUAAUCAUGUGACUCCUCAAGAUGGGUUACGAAUCCGUAGGCGUAGAGUUGCGUUUUUGAAUUCUCAAAAUCAGACUGUAAUUGCAUAAUGAAUAGAAUGAAUAGACUAGAUUAGUAGAUAUUUCUUAGCCUUUUUCUUAUUGUAAUGCAGGGACGGUUGUACAAUAGCAAGAUAUAGCGCUAUUUCUUAAAUAGUGAUUUUUCAAUCACUCUAAAAUUGUCCGUUCUUUGGUACAUUUUUGAUUAAACUUUGGUAUUCUAAAACUGGGGACUUUUCUUUAAUAAUUGGUAUAUGUAGCUCCAAAACUGUAGGAACGGUGUAGUUAGGAACUGUUUACAACGGUGGUAAAAAUUACAAUCGGGCGAUUAGGCGCUUUCCAGCCUUCGUACAACCGGCACCAGGACCUCGUAUAUGGUGGUAUAUAUUAAGCUAGUUGCUUUAUAUUUUAAGACCGUUUCGACUAUACACCCAAUUUAUUGGCACAGUUACAUUUACUACGCAACAUCACGCUUCCUUUCGUAUGAAGAUAUGGAAGCUGCAUGUCACACUGCAAAAAAACUUGUCGUAACUGGGGGGUGUCAAAGGGCCAAUUGGGGUUCAACGAGAUGUAGAGGAAUCUCACAAAAAAUACAGGGCAUAAAACAUUGACAGCACAUCACAGGAAAUAGAAGUAUGUGGUGGAAUUUGCAUGUAAUACAAGGUUUCACGGUUCAAAGUCCGAACUUCGUGUAUUAGUAUGGUAGAU